GGUGCACGCCCACGCUAAAUAAACCCAUCGACAGUAAUCCUCACUGUACACAGCGGAAUCCUCUGCGGGUAUUUUCUGCCUUGCUUUGAAUUCCCUUCACACAUAAAGCGAAACAAUGGACAACUCUGGGAAAGAGAAGGAAGCCAUUCAGCUAAUGGCCGACGCUGACAAAAAAGUCAAGUCCUCUGGCUCCUUUUUGGGAGGGAUGUUUGGAGGAGGACAUCACAAAGUGGAAGAAGCAUGUGAGAUGUACUGCAGAGCUGCCAACAUGUUCAAGAUGGCCAAGAACUGGAGCGCUGCUGGAAGUGCGUUUUGCAAGGCAGCACGUCUCCAUAUGCAGCUGCAGAACAAACAUGACUGCGCCACCAGCUUCAUCGAUGCAGGAAAUGCCUACAAGAAGUCUGACCCUAAUGAGGCAAUCAAGUGUUUAAAUGCCGCCGUCGAUAUUUACACAGACAUGGGAAGAUUCACCAUCGCAGCCAAACACCACAUCAGUAUCGCAGAGAUCUACGAGGCUGAGCUGGUGGAUAUCGAAAAGGCUAUUGCACAUUAUGAACAAGCAGCAGACUACUACAAAGGAGAAGAGUCCAACAGUUCUGCCAACAAGUGUCUGCUGAAGGUGGGGGCUUACUGUGCUCAGCUGGAGCAGUACCAGAAGGCCAUCGAGAUCUACGAGCAGGUUGGAGCCAACACGAUGGACAACCCCUUGCUGAAAUACAGCGCCAAGGAGUACUUCUUCAAAGCCUCCCUCUGUCACUUCAUUGUCGACGAGCUCAACGCUAAGAUCGCAGUUGAAAAAUAUGAGGAGAUGUUCCCGGCUUUCUCAGACUCUCGAGAAUGCAAGCUGUUGAAGAAACUUCUUGAGGCUCAUGAGGAACAGAACAGCGAGGCUUUCACAGAAGCAGUAAAAGAGUUCGACUCCAUCUCACGCCUGGACCAGUGGCACACAACCCUCCUGCUGCGCAUCAAAAAGACCAUCCAGGGUGAUGAAGGGGAUCUGAAAUGAAAGAAACCCAAAGGGCUGGAAGUGCAGCAACGGAGAGACAAAUCCAUCACGCAUGCUUUCACACACACACACACACUCGCACACUCACACCCACACACUCUCUCUUUCACUCCUCUCACUGUGUAUAGCAUCUGGAGAUGAGUGUCCGCUGACGAUUUUGAAUAUUCCACUGCUCACUGCUACACUGUCCGAGUACUAUCUUUGCUUUCCUUACGAGCCUAUCUGGAUCUAGUCAGAAUGUAAAUGCUCUCGCCCUCACCUCUGUCCAGAGGAUUGCUGCAUACCUUUUCAGCUGAAAUCUGUCCUGGAGGGAUUUCAGAGCGGUAUAUUGUAUUGAAACUGAUGUUAGUAUUGACGACAAGCACUGCAUGUUUUGUACAACGCUUGUUCCUAGUCAUUUGCGGCUUGUUUUUUUUAUCUGAGUUUAUUAUUAAUUAUUCAGAUUAUUUAAAUGUUUCGGUUUCUCUUGUACAUACGAUUUUCAUGGUGUGUAUGGAUUUCAGGAUUGUAACAUUAUCUUGAUUUUUUUUUUUUUUUUUUUUAUCUGUUGGAGUAGAAGAGAAGGCAACGGAUCAAGGUCAUGAUUGUUCUUAAAACUAAAGUUAUUAGAGCAACAAAAAAAAGUGAUUUUGUUUGCAUUUCAUCACCAACGGGGAGAGACUCUUCUUGAAGAAGGGCAAUGAUAUGCACAAACAAAGUGUAGACUGUUAAACAUUUGCAUCUGAUCGCAGACGUACACAUUCAUUCUGACUUUACUUUAGGAGUAUUUGUUGCUUUAGGGUUCGUUGAUGUAAUAAUACUUUGAAUGUUUGAAUCUGUAAGCUGUGAUUUAUAGUUUGCCUGUGGGAAACGUACUUUUGAAUCAGAAGCACUGAGAUGGAGGCCCUUACUCCUUAUUUCCAGGGAUGUAAUCUUUGAGGGUAAUGUGCAUCAUUAGUCGCUCAUCUCGUGCCGUGUCGUGAUGUGAACUCCAUCAUUGAAGGUCAACUGCCGCAGUGCGCCUUCCUAAUGGCCAGUCGCUAAGCAUGUCAUUGUGAAUAGUUCAGUGUUGUGUUACAUUCACUAGUGUGAGCCAGACCAAAGUUUUUACAAAAGGGUCAGUCGCCCCGCGUAUCCAGCUUCUUCCAGGUGGAAUGACAAUGGACCUUGGAUAUGAUCUGUAUGCUUGUGCGAAUGGACAAUAAUAAAGAUGUUAUAUCCCAGCUGUGCCGUCCUGCCAUUGACCUUAGUUAAUAUUCAUCCAUCUGCCGUUAAAUCUUCU